AUGGCCCCCAGAAAGAUAUACACCCUAGGUGAGGAGAAGAAUAGAGCAGGAGGCAGUGCAGCACCGGAAAAGGAUUUCGGUACUGGACUAAGAGAUGCAUAUUACAGUUUCCCACCGGUAACGAGAACGUUACUGACAUUGAUGGUGUUAACUACAUCCCUGGCGUUAGUUGGUUGGGUGCCCAUUGGAUACUUUGUUUAUUCAUGGACGGAAUGUUUUCGUUAUUUCCAAUUCUGGAGAAUGGUGACUGCCUGCUUCAUCCUACCUGGAGAAUUAAUGCAGUUCAUCUUUCAAAUAUACUUGUUAUAUUCCAGAUCGAAAGAAGUGGAAACAGGUAGAUUUCUGGUAUCUAGCGCUGUGAGCCCAACUAUAGAGUAUACAUAUUACUUACUUUUCUCAAUGAUAUCCAUAUCAAUUUUGAGUUCGCUUAUCUACGGUCAAAGUUAUCCAAUGAUUCUAACGGCGGGAUUCGAUAGUUGCUUAGCAUGUACUUGGGCUAUCGAUAAUAUCAACAAACCAAUCUCCUUAUUUGGCGUGUUACCCAUAACAGGUAAAUACAUUCCAGUGUUUCAGCUCGUGACAUCAUUUAUAUUCAACCCAAAUUCGUUUUUACUAAACUGUGUCGGAAUAUUUGUCGCUUAUUUAUUUAACUGUUUAGAUACAAGAACCCUAGGCCCUGUGUGGGGGUGGUUAACUAAUAAGCCAGCUGGAUACGGUGUUUUCCCCGCAGGUAAAUUCGGCGCUCCAGGCCUCUUUGUUACUGUAUAUGAAUUAUGCUUUGGAGAAUUGAAUAAUAAUAGACAAAGGUCUAAGAUGAGUGGAUCCAGCAGAUUAAGUGGCCUUAUUGGCAAAUCGAAGGGUCAAAGGUUGGGAUCACUGGACCCUUCGAAGCAACCACCAAACUCGCUUAAGAAGGAUAGAACAUCUACCGCUAAGAAAAUCAGUACUGAUAGUGAAGAGUCAUCCACUGUGAAUAGAUUCCCAGGUAAAGGCCAACGUAUUGGUGGCACAGAAGAGAAGAAGAAUGAGAAUUGA